GGCGUGCAUGACUGAGGAGAGCGGCUGUCUGUCUGGAUUGUUACUCAUCUGCUGCCCCACAGCGAGAGGACAUACGUUAAAAAAAACUAAAAAAAACCCACAGGCAGGCAGGCAGGCUGGGGAAUGAAUGUAGGGCUGCGUGCAGAGGAUGAGCAGGCGAUGUGGGCUCUGUGAUCGCUGUCCUCAGUCCCCGUAGACUCUUGCACUGGUGCUGUUGCAGGCCGUUAGCCUCGCAGUCAGAGUGAUUGAUACAGAAUGAGCUCCAAGCACUCCUCCGACUGGAUUCCCUACAGCACUUUAGAUGAUGAGGGCACCAACCUCCGACAGCAGAAACUGGACAGACAGCGAGCGCUGCUUGAGCAGAAGCAGAAGAAGAAGAGGCAGGAGCCGCUGAUGGUUCAGUCUAACGUGGACGGGAGAUCUCGCACUCGUCGGACCAAACAGAGCGAGGAACAGGCUCCGCUGGUGGAAUCCUACCUCAGCAGCAACAGCAGCACCAUCUACCACGUGCAAGAAGCUGAACAGGAGGAGGUGAAGGUGAUCGCGGACACUCAGCCGCCUCGCUCAGCCAAAAAGGGCAAAGCUUCGGCCAGCUCCACUCCACAGACGGGCAGCGACAAGAAGGAGAGGAAGGGGAAGCACAAAGCGAUCGAUGGCCUGGCUUCCCAGCAGGAUGAUGGUCAGAUCCAGAUCCUGACGGUGGGUCACCCCAGCUCAGAGGAGGGCGAGGCGGAGCCCGUGAUGAGCUGCACCCAGUCGCAGAGUAAACAGGAUCUACGUGUCACCAUGCUGAAGAAAGGUAUAUCCAGCAGUAUGAAUUUUGACGAAGAAGAGGAUGAUGAAGAUGAAAUUAGUUCGAGUUCGUCACAGCUGAACAGCAACACGAGGCCAGGCUCCGCCACUAGCAAGAAGUCAUGCAAGGAGGUGGCCUCAGCACCCACUCCACCAGUCAAUGAACCCGCUGUCGAUGUAGACGACCUGGAAGAGUUUUCUCUGCGACCUGCACCUCAGGGAGUCAGAGUGAAGUGCAGAAUCACCAGAGACAAGAAGGGCAUGGACAGGGGCAUGUAUCCCACCUACUACCUUCACCUGGAGAGAGAGGACGGCAAGAAGGUGUUCCUGUUAGCUGGCAGGAAGAGGAAAAAGAGUAAAACAUCAAAUUACCUCAUCUCCAUCGACCCCACUGAUCUGUCUCGAGGUGGAGAGAGCUUCAUUGGUAAACUGAGGUCUAACCUCAUGGGAACUAAGUUCACUGUAUACGACAGCGGUCUGAACCCCAUGAAGAGCACCACGAGCCUUGAAGCUAGCAACCUGCGUCAAGAGCUAGCUGCCAUUUGCUAUGAAACCAAUGUUUUAGGAUUCAAAGGACCUCGCAAAAUGAGCGUCAUCAUUCCUGGAAUGAACAUGGACCACGAGAGAGUUUCUAUCCGCCCACGAAACGACCAUGAGUCACUGCUGGCCAGGUGGCAGAACAAGAACACAGAGAGCGUGAUCGAACUUCACAACAAGACGCCUGUGUGGAACGAUGACACACAAUCCUAUGUGCUCAACUUCCACGGCAGAGUCACUCAGGCCUCCGUCAAGAAUUUCCAAAUAAUUCACGACAACGACCCUGACUAUAUUGUGAUGCAGUUUGGCCGGGUGGCAGAGGACGUCUUCACCAUGGACUAUAACUACCCAAUGUGUGCCCUGCAGGCCUUUGCCAUUGCCCUCUCCAGCUUUGACAGCAAGUUAGCCUGUGAAUAGACCCCAGCCUGCAGUUCAGUGGAGAACUGAUCCAUCUGUCCUCUAUACAAGGGCUGUUAAUGUAUCCCUGGGGCUGGUUUGAGAUCUUCAAAUCACCCAGUACCUUGGAAGUCCUGCAUAUCCCAAAAUGCUUUAUGGGCCUCAAGUUUUGUGCGUAUGUGUGUGUGGGGGUGGGUGGGGCCGCGGGAUUGGUCAGUGGAAGAAAACAAGCACAAAGAGUAAUCCACUUUCAAAGUCAAAUUCAUUCGUUUUUAUAACUAUAGUCAUUUUGUACUGUAAUGGCAUUAUAAAAACAAACACUGUUCCUUUAUGUAGUAGUUAGAGAAAUUUAACAUUUCUUUAUCUGUAAAUUAUAACUAAUAAUUACACACAUCUGUACGUUCUAAAAGUUGCCACACAAACACGUCACACUCUUUCUCAAGCAUGAGUACAGCUUAUAUAGUUACUGAAUUAAAAAUAACAUGCACGCCACUGUAUAUUUUUACUUUGUUAUUUAUGUAUUUAUUACAUGUUGAUUUUGUUUUCUGUUCAUCAUUCGCAACUAUUUCAGCAGUAUUGGCUCCGUGGAGCUGGAAGCACAUGAUUUAGCGUUACAGGAAGGAAUCUCUCUCGUCUCCGAACGGAACAAUUAGCGAGCUGGACGUGAGUAGGGCAAAGGCAUGUUACAAUAUGCUGUGUACCAUAUACAAUAUUGUGUCACAGUGUCAUGUAUGUGAAUGUAUAGGAUGAUGGUGCACUUUACUUUGAAGUCUGUAGUGGAUGAGAUAUAGCUGUACAUACUUUAUUGUGCCUUUGAAGACUAAUUCCAGUGUUACGCUUUGGCCAUACAAUGAGCUGCGCUUGAAUUGGUCUUUUCUAUUCUCGCUGUCCUCACUUGCAUUGGAGAUCAUUUUCUGUAGCAACUUUGAACUCAGUUGUCUAACGCGGAGUUCAUUUGGACUGACUAUAGCUGGAGUUGCAAAACUUCCGUAGUGCACAUCACUGGACAACAUUUUAGCGAUUGUCCAGAUAUAUUUAAAUUACGUUUAAAGCCUAGACGAUAUAAAACCAAAAAGGGCAAAUUAAUUAUUUACAUUGUACUGUAAAUCUGAGACGGUCCUCCCUCGACAAACGACCCCAUAGGUCAAUUGUACAAGCAGCUUAUUACAACCCAUGUUCACGUUUAUGUUAGGGUGACCUCUAGUGGU